GUGAGUUAACGGAGACUGAUUUCUUGUUGCUAAAAAUCCCAAUAUUUAGAUUUUUUUUUUUUUUUAACCUUUUUUCUGCUAGUGCCCUUACCAUGCCUCGCAGAAACGAGAUCCCCGUAGGAAUACGGUUAAGAAUCGUAGAAAUGCACCAGGCUGGUAAAGGUUAUAAACGUAUUUCAAAGAGUUUAGAUGUUCAUCUGUCGACCGUGAGACAAAUUAUCUACAAAUGGAAGCGCUUCGAAACUGUGGCGACGCUGCCUCGAAGCGGCCGUCCGAUAAAAAACAACCCGACGGCGAGACGACGAAAGCUGAGCAAGGAUAAAGGGGAGUUGGCUGGCCCAGCUGAUGAUAGAGUUCAGAACAUCACAAAGAAAAAUAAAAGCACUGAUACGGUGAAUCCAGAUUCUUCGGUUUACUGCAUACCUGUGGAGGCCGUCAAAGGAGAAUAUCCAGACAAUGAGAUGGGCCAUUAUAGCAUUGUGUAUGAAGUUGGUGAGAAUGCAGAUUCUUCCUCGAGUGAUGUUGAAGAAGAAGAUUCCACGGCAAACUCUUUCUAUCCAAAGAAAACCGAUGAUACUGAAGAUUCAGGCCACGAAAGGCCUGGAAGUCGCUCACUUUCAUCUGACGAUGAGACGUCAGAGGAAGAUCCACUGGCUGGACUGUUUGACUCAGACUUCAACCGGGACCAGAUUCACUCCGGAUCAGCGCUCACAUCCGGCGCUCUGCUGCUCCUCCUCCUCACAUUCAUAUUGAAGCACAGACUGUCAAACGCAGCAGCCAAAGACCUCCUGGACCUCCUGAACCUUCUCGUUCCCGGAUGUGUUCCCAAGUCCCCUCAGUUUUUAAAGAACCACUCCACCCAUUACAGCUCCAAGGCAGAGAUCCACUUAUACUGUCCCAAAUGUGGAAGCUACAUCGGCGUGGAGCCUGGGAGUCGGUGCGGAGCGUGUCAGCAGAGAUUGAGUAACAAAUACCUGCUGGAGAAGGAUCAUCACUUCCUGGUGAUGCCGCUUGAAGUCCAGCUGCGGAGGAUCCUCCCACACAUCCACUCACAGCUAGGGAAGCACGCCGUCAGGGACGGCUGUGUUUCAGACGUGGUCACCGGACAGGAAUACGAGGGCGACCGACGGGCGGGAAGAAUUACUCUCACCUUCAGGUGCGAUGGCGUCCCGCUCGACUCCAAGCUCUCCAUUUGGCCCAUCCUGUGCACGAUCAACGAGCUUCCGUACGCGGAGCGUCGCAGGAACGUCCUGCUGCACACGCUGUGGUUGGGCAGAGGAAGGCCGCACGAGCAGAGCUUCUUCACGCCGUUCAUCAACGAGCUUCAUCGACUCUCUAACGAGGGCUUCAGGUGGACGGACGACACCGGCGCCGAGCGUCGCACCGCCGUCACAGCUCAAGUGUGUGUGUGCGACUCGGCCGCCAGGUCCAUGCUGCAGAACCUUCAGUCGUUCGGCGGCGAGUUCGGCUGCAGCUUCUGCUACCACAGAGGCGAGCUGGUGCCGAAGGGGCGGGGUUUCACCAGAGUUUACCCCGUCCAGACCGACGGAUGCGGUCUGCGACAAACGAUGGGAGUGAGGGGUCCGAGCCCGCUGGUUCUGCUGCCGUCGUUCGACAUCAUCAAAGGUUUCCUUCCUGAUUACAUGCAGUGUUUUUGUCUGGGCGUUGUUCCAGAGUUUGUCGAUCUGUGGUUCGACUCUGGCCACGCCCACAAACCCUUUCACCUGACUCCUCAGCAUCUGCACGACCUGGACGAAGCUCUGUGCGCCUUACAGACACCCCAUGAAAUCAGACUGAAACCGCGGCGGCUCAGUGACAGGAAGCGCUGGGCGGCGUCUGAGUGGCGAGCAUUUGCUCUCCUCUACUCCCCUGUUCUGCUGAAGGACGUUUUACCGAUCCUCUACCACGUUCACUGGAUGCUCCUCAUCUCCGCCCUCCACACCCUGCUCUCCCCGUUGGCCACGCGGGACGAGCUCCGCCGCGCAGAAGCCUCUCUGCUUCAGUUUGUGGCUCAGGUGCCGUCCCUGUACGGCCUGGAGAACUGCUCCUUCAGCUGCCAUCUGCUGACGCAUCUGGCCCAGAGCGCCCGCGACUGGGGGCUGCUGUGGGCCAACUCCGCCUCCGCCUUUGAGGGCGCGACCCGCCGACUCCUGCAGAUGUUCUCCGGCUCAAAGUCCGCUUCCUCACAGGUGUUCUCGCACACCUUUUUGUAUGAGGACGCCGUCCGGCGGGGGAGUUUGGCUCUUCAGGAUGCAGAGGCAGAAGCGAAGGACUUGUUUUGCUCCAUGACGGGUUGUGCCGCCGUUAUAAAGUCGUCGGGUCAGAAGACUUUAGGAAGCGGCUCUCGGAGAUUUCUCACGGCAACUGAAGUUGCUGCGUUGCAGAAAACGCGUCAUCAGAGCAGCGUGACCGAAUACAAGCGUUUAGUUCAUAACAACAUGCUGAUCUCCACAAACGAGAGAAGCGACUCCAUCAUAGAAACGAGCGGCGGCUUCGCCGUCGUUCAGUCGAUGGUGGCUUUGAACGACGGUUGCAGCUGUGAGCAGAAGACAAAAAUCAUCCUUUUCUGCAAGAAAUUGUUCCUGUGGGAGGGGCAGCUCGACGCCAACGUGGGAGACUUCCCAGUACGAGUACGGCGCUCGGAUGAAGUAUUCGCAGUGACGUGUGGGGACGUUAUGGCGAAAUGUUUUGUGAUUGAACGGGAGCGAAGGUUGUUCGUGAUGAGAGUGCCCGUCUUGGAGAUGGACUAGCGGUUGAAUUUGUCGUCUUUAGAGCUUUGGAAUCCCUCGUUUUAAUGCCUGUUUCUGCUUUUCCCAGUUCAGAAAAGAAAAGAAUGUUGCUUCGUGUUCGACAUUUUUAUAUCCCCAGAGAUCCUCGUUAGCGACUUUAUGGAAUAUGGUGACCGUACCGCUGACGUUUAGUGCGUCAGGACGUCUUGAUUUUGCUCAUUUCCAUCAGGUUAUACUGAAGUUACAUUUUUGUUUUUGUCCCAGUGAAUCACUCACUCCACCAAACCUACAAGCUUUUUUUUUUCUGUAGAAGCAUCAUCGGGUAAGAGGUCACCAUGGCAACGAUCAAAGGACUUUUGCUCUUGAUGACACGACCUGGAUGAAUAAAGGAGAACUUUACUGACUUGAUUUGGACCAGAAGAAUGGAAACAGGAGUUGAGUAUCUAAACAUUUAUUUUCUUGUUUUGUUUUAACUGGUUCUAGAGGACUUCCUGUGUAACAGGAAGUGGAAUGUAGGCCGUUGUGGUCGGGGUCAGUGGAUCUGACAUGUUCCUGGGAGGUUUAUUAUUUCAGGAUUAGUGUUGGUCUGAUUUAUUUAUUGUAAGAAAUUUGCCUUUUUUAAAAUUUUGCUAAGUAAACAUCCACACUAUAGCGA